GUAGAUAAUUUACGUGUUGAAGGGGGGGAACGUAGCCUAUUACUGCUGUGGUCACCUCCCUUAUGCAUCAGCUCUGGCAUUGAGCCUUUGGGCUUUGAGAUUAAAUGGGGUGCCGAAUUGCCGAGCCAAGGACCAAUCAUUCUCAACUCAUCUGCAUCAACUUAUUCCAUUGAAGUAAAUAGAAGCCUCGAGAUACCGAUUAAUGUACGCGUAAUCGCAAAUGGAGCAGAGUGGGCAACAAUUGCAUGGGAUGCACCCUCUGUUUAUCGGGUACCCACCCGAUCGGAGCUGUUUUCCGAUGUGGAAGAAGUGAUUCUAGAACGGCAAUAUCAAGUCCGUUAUGAGGCCAUGGAGCAGAUUAUUCUUUCACCGGGAGAUCAAGGAUUUGAUCUCACAAUCCUAAAUGCCUCUCUCAUCGAUCUCAAUGAAAAUAUUAUAACCACUAGCACGAAUUCUAUUCGUUUGAGUAACUUGAUUCCGGGAUAUCGAUAUUCUGUCAGUGUAAGGGCAGUGACGGAGCAAGGCAAGCAUCUCUAUAGUGAGUGGAGUCUUGCUGAGACGCUUGAGACUCUCCAGCUAAGUGAGUUUUUAUAUUAUACUCUACCCAAUGUGGUUUCUUGUUAG